AUGGCAAACAACAAGAGACGUUCCUGCGACGUCUGCUAUACGCGCAAGAUCCGGUGUGAUGCCGCCAAGACAGGUACGACAUGCGACUGGUGUGCCCACCACAACCUGAAAUGCACCUUUACGCCACGAAAGCCUCGUGUACGAUCUAUGCGCAGCUACAAGUGCUCCGUCUGCCAGGCCCGACCGUCGCCCAGGCAGUCUCGCGGCUUUGGCCAAUCCAAUUCCCGCCCUAAUGACAUUUACCCCAACCAAGACUUUGGCUUUGUCUGUCUACUGACAGGCAUCCCGCACUUCUCAGACGGCUGCGAGGAGUGGGUGCAGAUGCGGUCGGGGCUGAGACCGCAAUUUGACUUUCCCUCUUUCCAGCACUGCAGUCUGGACGAUCUAUCACCACUUGCGGCUAGCAUCACAAAGCUUCCACCGCGCUGGGCUUUUGACGCGAUGCUUGAUGCCUUUACGAAAUCCGACUUGAGCCUGAUAUUCCCCCUAGUGGAUGAGGUGCUGGUGGAGGAAACGGCGAAUCUAGUGUACGCGACGGAGGGGACACCUUCGUUGCAGCAUAUUAGCGCCAAAGCAUGCGUCAUGUCUCUUCUGAUAGUAGUCGGACUACACUUCCCAGAAGUAAAAGCAACCAAAUAUGUCGAUAUAGAGGCUUUUUCAAAAGCUUCGAAACUUCUCAUUGCCGAGUGUUUAGAAGACACUAGCCUGACAACACUGCAAACAUAUCUUCUCCUGAGUAUGCAUGACAUGACAGCUGGUCGUAUGCAGGCCGCGGCCAUGUACAAUGCUCUCGCCUGUCGAGCUGUGUUUGCCCUGCGGGGUCAUCAGCGCCUGUUUCCCUGUCCGAAGAAUCAGGUGCUCUCUAUCGAGGAGCGCGAGGACCGCCACAUUCGCUUGUUAUUCUGGAUGUGUUAUUAUUUCGACAAGGAUAUAUCUCUACGGACUGGUCACCCACCAAGUAUUGACGAUGAGUUCUGUGAUUUGACACUUCCCGAAGGCUAUAAUCAGGCGCGGUGGUGUAGCAGGAGCCGCGACCCGAGCAACAACACGCAGGCUCCGUUCUUCCCUGGUGACAUGGCACUGACAAUGGUCAAGUCCAAGGUGGCUCGCAGUCUGUAUGGGAAUAACGCUUGGGAAAAGUCGGAAGCGCAGCUCAUACGGACGAUUCGCGAACUGGACGCUGACCUCGAAAGCUGGCGAAGUUCCAUUCCACGCGAAUUCGCCCCUCAGUUAUCCGUACGCAAGGACAUAUCCAUCGCCAGCGAUCUCAGUCGGUGCAUGACGAUGCUUCAUCUGGAACUGCAUCUGGAGUACCACCACGUUCUCAUGGUGAUUCACGGCGCCAGCGGUCUGAGCGCGGCGGCUCACGCACCGACUGGAACCAUACUGCCGGGUGUGCAGUCGAGUCUGGAGCUAUCUGUGGAAGCAAGUAGAUCAACGCUCGUGUAUUUGAUGGCCUCGGCGAAUCGUGUCGCCAGCGAGGCUUUUUGGGCCUUUAUCUUCUACCCCAUGUCGGCGCUCAUGACGGUCUUCUUCAGCAUUCUUCGGCGACCGCGUGGCGAUCACACGUUGCAGGACUUGGAGCUGAUCGGCAUGACUUCGUCGAUUGUUCGGGUGAUGCCGAUUCAUAUCACGGUGCCAUUUGCAAAGGAGUACCUUAGACGGGUGGAUGUGUUUGUGAAGGAACUUCACCGACUGGCAAAGGGUGCCCACCUUACCGGGCGCGCCAAGCUGAACGGCUGUAUCGGCAACGUCAUGUGCGACCGCGCGCCGGAAGGCUGCUCCCAGUGCCGCCGCAAAGGCAACGAGUGUCCCGGCUAUCCGGAUCCCAAAGCGCUGCGCAUGCGCAACGAGACGACGCGGCGCUUCAUCAUCAUCGUCAUCACCAUCAGCAUCAACAUCAACAUCAUCAUCAUCAUCAUCUCCUUCCUCCCCCGAUCCAGCCUCGGCGCCCCCUCGUCCGCAAUGGCACUCGGCACCGAGCAGCAGGCCGUGUCCUUUUUCUUCCAAACCUUCAUCACCGCCACGCCCUUUGACGACUACCUGUCUUCCUUCUACACACCCGACAGCCCGCGCGACGACGCCUGCGCUUACGCCAUUGAGGCAACGGCACUCGCCGCCUACGCCCGGCACGCCCGGCAGCCCGCGUACGCCCUCGACACUGCGCGCCGCAAGUACGCUGGCGCGCUGAUCCGGGUCAACGCUGCGCUGGCAGACCCGUGCACCGCCGUGCGCGACCGCACGCUCGUCGCUGUCCUCGUCCUCGCCCUCUUUGAAGCCACCAUCUUCGAGACGGGCGGCGGCAGCAGCGCGCCUACUAGCUGGGUCGCGCACACCUGGGGCGCCAUGCAGCUGCUCCUCCUCCGCGGCGCCACCCGGUUCGCGUCGCCGACCUCCCGCCAGCUCUUUGCCCACGCGAGCAGCAAUAUCAAGGCGGGCUUCAUCCAGCGCUCGACGCGCAUCCCGCCGCGUUUCCUCGCGCUGGACGAGCAGUUCCGCGGCCCGCUCGACGGCCACGAACCGGCCGUCCGGCUGACCGCGCUGAUGCACGUCGUCAGCGCCAUCAGGGCCCAGGCAUGCGAGGAGCCGCGCGACCACCAGGCCCUGCUCAUCCGCGCGCUGGAGCUUGACCAGGAAAUCUUCGCCUUCUGCGAGGCGCCCCCCACGACACUUGACUUUGCGCGCGAGACGCACUGCUGGGGCCCCGCGUGGACCUACCGCGGCAUCGUGCAUACGUAUCCAAGCCUGCGCCUCUGCAAGUACUGGAACGCGGUACGCCUUUUGCGCGUCUUCCUCCUCGGCCUCAUCAGCGAUGAAGCUAAGCACUUUGGUGCAGAUGGGGAGGGCCUAGCGGAUGCGCAGACGCGGGCAAGCUUAGAGGCGUAUGCGCAGCGCCACCUAGCUGAUGUGGCAGCUGAUGUGCUGGCGACGGUACCGAGCUUUGUGUAUAUGGAAAACGGGGUGCGCACUUUUAUCUCGCCGGGGCGGUGCCUGGGCUUGCCGCUGGGUGUCAUAGAGAUGACCACCCAUUUUCCGCCUGAUGUGAGGCUGUAUGCGCGCAAAACCCUCGAGUGGCUGGCCGGGGAUCUGAACUUUCCCCAGGCGAUAGACCCCGAACGGCGCCCGGGGCGCACAGAAGACAGGUGA